AGGAGACCUUUCUGAGGUGCUUCUGACAUUACAAGAUGAGCUCGGGCAAAUGAGUUUCCAACACCAGCAUUUGGCAAAACUCAUCCAUGAAGCUUCAACGAUUGCCUUAAGGAGAGACUUGGAGAAGGAUUUGGAAGUGCUUGUGAAAAGGAUGGAAGCCAAGGCUGAACAAAUCAGUAAAAUCCAGAGGCAUCGGGCACGGCUGGAGAAGCUGAAGGUCAGCAAGAACAAGCAGCACUGCGCUCGGGAUUCCAGUAAAGCGGACGAAGACAAGAAGGCGAACCAGGGCGGUCUGAAGAGAAAGCCCAGUGGGCAGGGUAAGAAGAGCCUUCAGCUUCUGAGAGACAUGCAAAGUAUACAGUCCUCCCUUCAGAAGGAUGACGUCAGUUGGGACUGCUGACCUGUCUUCCCCGCGUGGUGGUUGGUUUUUGAGGGGUUUGUACCUUUUAUUAUUCUGGCUGCAGUGGCACAACCAGCUACCGUGCUGGAUGAAAGACAAUAUCAGAGUGGCACCUUCUAAACAAAGGCUUCUCCUAUUCUACCUGUAUGCCUGAUCAUGUUACCCUGGUGAGGGGAGCUGGGGAUGGGUAGAGAGAGA